CAGCCAGUGGAAAACAAGCACAAGCUUAAAGUUUCGAUCCAAGAAGAGGAGAAAGACAGAAAGAGAGAAAGAGAGAAAGAAUCCGGGAUUAGGCCAGCUCAUCCAGGUCUCUGUGGUUCGUGGCAGGGACGGAUUGUGGAACCCGGGGUUGAACGGGCGCUGCGGCCAGCCCGAGAAAGAACCCCAUGACCCAGUUGGAUUGAUGGAUUGAUUGGCCACGGAUCGAUCCCAAGCCCAGGCCUUCAUUGUCAAGAAUCAGCUCUGCGGGUGAGACCCGUGAUUUGGGUGUGGGUUGGAAACUUGAGGGGCAUCGUGAUUGGGCAUCGUGAGACGGGGUUCAGUUGGAUUGGAUGGCCCUCAAGAUGCGACCGCAUACCCGCACCCAAUGCCAAGAUGGGACGCGUUGUGAGGAAUGCCAGAAACCCGGUCCCAGCUCCAACCCGGUCAGUCUCAGCACCACGCCCUCUUCAUCCUGCUCAAGCAGUCCCAACUCCUCCGUGUGCGACGAUGAGCAGCCCAAAAAGUUGGAUCCGCCCGAGGCGCUGAACUUGGAGAAACUUGAGGGCUUUCCUCACCCGUUGCUGCCCGAGACCAUUGCGCCCAACGGGUUCAUGUUGGACCAGAGCGGCACGUUCCUGGUCCCAUCACCCAUUCAACGGCCCAAGGCCCGCUCGGUCACCUCGAGUUUGUCCACGGUCUCGGAAUUGGGCGGAAAUUCGCGGAAUGCGCCCAAACGGAAUAUUCUCUUAGUGGAGCUUCCGGCCGAGGUCCUGAUCCAGAUCUUGCGAUAUCUGCCCUAUAGCGAGAUCAGCCAUUAUCGAACCGUUUCCCGACGGUUCAACGAAUUGUGUUCAUCGAUUCUCAACACCACGUUCCAAAAAUUCCAAAGCCAAAUGUUGAAACGAUUCCAUAGUAUUAAAAGCAAAAUGCCUCGACGUGAAUCGGCUCGAAGGAACCAUCCUUUGGCGCGAGAAUCGGAUAUCAUUGAGACGCUUCAUAUGAGGUUGACCCUGCUCCAAAUGACAUUUGGCAAGCAUAUUGAGCGAAAACACGUGUGUUUCUUUGCAGGAGAGAUAUUGGACGAAGUGACUCGGAUUGUGUCAUACAUCCACAACACGCCCAAUCUUGGGCGUGCUUACAAAGUGACGGAUGAGCUCUUCGAUCUGUCCACAAUGGCCAUGGAGUAUUUCAAGGAGAAACUAGAACCCACCCUCCCGGAUAUCACGUAUUUCGCCGCGGAUUUUUUGGACGACAUCGCACCUUACAAAACCCCGGUGAAAAAGCAAUCUCAGAAUGGAAACUCCAAUGGGUUAUUUAUGGACUCGCCGUGCUCGUCACGUGCUUCCGUGGCCGAUUCGGCCGUGUCUGAGCCGUGGUUUGGCUCGUCCAUGGCCGAUGAUAUCGCACCCACAUCCAAUGUGGUGUUACGCAAGAGCAUUCGAAGUAUUAGGAAAGGCAUGAAGAGACAAAACACGGAUCUGAAUGAAGUGAAGCGAGAACUGAAGUCGUGCAAAACCAAGAUAGAGACGCAAACGAAGCAGAUCCAAGAGUAUUCCCAAAGACUUGAAGAUUACGACAAAAAAUUCGAGGAGAGCGCCAACAAAUUCCAGACUCUCUUAACAGAGUUGAAUAAGUGCAAGACUGAACUACAAUUUUGGCGUUCCAAAGCCAGCCAAGGGUCGAUUCACCUGGCCUCAAACGAACCCAUACCCAACGGAGGCGAAGUAGAACCCAACGGAGAUCAUCCAAUGGAGCCGUUCAAGCCGCCAGACUACAACGGGGGCGACGAAGACUCAUCGGGUCCUCACGGGGAGUCUCCCAACUCUCCUCGAGUGGUGACCCGAGGCUCUUACAGUAGCGGACCUCCAUCGCCUUCGUCUUCUACUUGCGGAUCGACCAGGAAGCGUCGCCUUCGUCACGACGACGAGAAUGAGGGCAAUGAACCGCCCCGAAAGUCGUUGAGAGGAACGUCUACUUUUGGUGCUUCUGCAUCUGCAUCAUCCACAACGCCCGCCUCAAAUAGCUGCACGACUCGAUCUGGUGCUAAAAGACCGAAAGUGUCUCUGUAAAACAAGUACAAAAGAAAAAAGUAAAAAGAACAUUGAUUCAUGUAGCCAUCAUCACUGUACUAGAUUGACCUCACUCUUUUCGUUCUCUCCUUCUUUUAUUUUUCAUUGUCUCAUUUCUUGUCCCUUCAUGUUUCCGUAAUUCAUGGUAUGACAAUAAAAUCUUAUUUUCUAUCUCAAAA